AUGGAGUUGGCCAACGGGACCGGAGUGCAGGAAUUCAUUCUGAUGAGCUUUGGGGGUGGACAGCAAAAGCAGAUCUUGCUCCUUGUCUUUUUUACCAUUCUCUAUGUGCUCACUUUGGCUGAGAACAUCACCAUAAUUGUCCUGGUGCUUUUAGACACCCAUUUGGCCCGGCUUCCCAUGUACAUCUUACUGAGCAACUUCUCCUGGCUAGAAAUGUGUUAUGUGAGUGCCACAGUGCCCCGGAUGCUCUUUGACCUGACAUUCCCUCAUGGAAUCAUUUCCUUCCAUUCCUGCUUCCUCCAAUUCUAUAUUUUUUUCUCACUAGGCAGCACCGAAUGCUUCUUCCUCUCAGCCAUGGCUUUGGAUCGGUACUUGGCCAUCUGCUACCCUCUGCAAUACUCACAAAUUAUGUCCCAAGACUUCUGCUAUGCUCUAGUACUUACUUGUUGGGUUCUUGGUUUCCUGUGGCAUGUUUUUCCUGUCAUACUGAUUUCCAAGUUGUCCUUCUGUGGCCCCAAUGUCAUUGACCAUCUCUUGUGUGAUCCUGGGCCAAUUCUGUCCCUGGCCUGCCCCCCACUAGGAAUUGCCCCCAAAGUCUGUGAGGUUUUUAUGAAUGCUGUGGUUUUAGGCAAUGCCUUCUUUGUCGUGCUGUCCUACAGCAUUGUAAUUCUGACCCUACUGAAAGCUUCUUUCCAAGGCAGCCGUAGAAAGGCCUUCUCCACCAUAUCUUUCCAUCUUGUGGUGGUAACGCUUUUCUAUGGCUCAGUGGCAGCCGUGUACUUAACUCCAGCUGGAAAAAGUCAAUCGGAGAUGACUAAAGCAGUGACGGUUUUCUACACAGCCAUUACACCCUUUCUCAACCCCUUGAUCUAUUGUCUGAGGAAUGAUCAGGUGAAGGAGGCCCUCCAUAGGUUGCUGAGAAAAAAGGUAUCUAUAUAA